CAGUAUCGUGUUGCGAAAGCAAUCGAAGAAAGCAAGGAGAGUGUCGAAGACUCGGUGACCGCAAAGGAAGCGGAGGCAGAGACGGAAGUGAGUGAGGAAAGCGAGUUGAGCGCGAUUGGAACGGAGAUAAAGAAGGCGAUGAAAAAGAGAGAAGAGAAUGGCGAUAGCCUUGCCGGCGGAGUGACGGAGGAGGUAAGGGAAAUCGAGUGGCCUGCGUUUGGGAAGGUGUUGGGGACCACCGGUGUUGUCCUUGGUGUUAUUUCUGGAUCUAGUGUCGUUUUGCUCACUGUUAAUGCCGUUUUGGCCGAGCUCUCCGAUCAGGUUUUCGCCGGUAAAGGCGUCCAAGAUUUUUUCGGUUGA